AUGACCUGGGAGGAAUGGCUCUUUCUGGAAGCAUCCAAAGAAGCAGGAGGUGAGUUUCAGAUAGAACAUCUCAGUCCCGUAAAGGAGAUCCACCAGGACAUUUUGGCACCAUCUGAGUCCUAUAAAGGAGAUCCACCAGGGCAUUUUGUCACCAUCUCAGUCCUUGACGAUCCCAGCGGUUCCACAAGCAAGAAAGCCGGGUGUGAAACGGAGGAUCCGAAGGAGGCCGGCAGACAGAGUGGCCAGGAAGGCAGGUCCGACACCCUGACGCUAAAAGCCCAGCAUGCGGAGGUGCAAGAAGAGCAGGCAGCGGGGUGUUCCCCCCUGGUGCAGAAGGCGAGCCUCCAUCACACGGGCUCCCCAGUGAGAGUGCAGCGCAGCAAAGGGACGGCCUCGUGUUCCCAUGCAGCUGCCUCCGAUUAUGAGCUCUCCCUUGACCUAAAGAAUAAACAGAUCGAAAUGCUAGAGCACAAGUACGGAGGUCACCUGGUGUCUCGCAGGGCAGCCUGCACCAUCCAGACUGCUUUCCGGCAGUACCAGCUCAGCAAGAACUUUGAGAAGAUCCGCAACUCCCUGCUGGAGAGCCGCAUGCCACGCCGCAUCUCUCUGAGGAAAGUCCGGGUCCAGAACUCGGAGAGCUUCUCCGCUGAGAAAGCCCUGGUGGAGGGGUACAACUUUGUGGGCAUCCCGUUGGUGAGGUCCCCAUCUUUGCCAGCCACCAUCAGCGGGGCACUGACCGAGCUGGAGGACUCCUUCACAGAACAAGUUCAGUCCCUGGCCAAGUCUAUUGAUGAUGCCCUCAGUACCUGGAGCCUGAAGACCAUGUGCUCACUGCAAGAUGGGGGCUCAUACCAGAUAAGGGAGACCUUCAGUGCCAGCUCAAUGCAGCCAAACCAAGACUUAGAAACUGAGCUGCAGGACAAGGAGAAGGAGGAAGGACUCCUGCCAGAUACCCUACCCAAGAGCAGCAGCACUCUCAUGAUGGCUUUUCGAGACGUCACAGUCCAGAUCGACAACAAGAACAUCUCUGUCUCAUCGUCUACCUCGGUGUCCAUGGCAAACUGCCUCAGCAGCAAUGCCCAGGCUGGGCUUUCUCAAAGUACCAAGGCUGAAGAAAGCCCAGGAGAAGGGGAGGGAGAAGGCAGUGAGCCACCAGCUGCCCCAGAGAGCUCACCUGAGUCCAGAGCUCUCCAGAACAGCCACACUUUCACCGAGGUGAAUGUCAGUACUAACGGCACGGGGGACAGCAGCGCUGAGCCUGAGCAGAUGGCAGUGCAGAAGCUCCAGUUUGAUGCUAGCAAUGAGACGGGGCAAAGCAAAGGGUCCGAGUCGGAGAAUGCAGACAACUCGGAGCAGCUAAGCAGCAGCAGCACCUCCACUUCAGCCAAGUCAGCCUCCGAGGUGUCCUCGAAAGAAGCACUGCAGGCCAUGAUCCUCAGCCUGCCAAGGUACCACUGCGAGAACCCAGCUAGCUGCAAGUCCCCCACGCUUUCCACAGACACCAUGAGGAAGCGCCUCUACCGCAUUGGGCUGAACCUCUUCAACAUAAACCCAGACAAAGGGAUUCAGUUCCUGAUCUCCCGAGGCUUCAUCCCAGACACCCCCAUUGGGGUGGCACACUUCUUGCUCCAGCGGAAGGGUCUCAGCCGCCAGAUGAUUGGAGAGUUCCUGGGCAACAGCAAGAAGCAGUUCAACAGGGACGUCCUGGA